GAAACUGCCAGCCAUAGUUCUCUGCCAAAAGUUCGUAUUUCACAUCUGGGGAAUACGGCGUACACCCACACUCCAGGCCAAGGCUGUGGAGAGCAUAUGAGUCGGAUCGUUUCUUGGGAGAGACUUGAGACCCCUGCGGAUUAGCCUUGUUAAGAAACGAUCUGUGCGAGUCCAAAAUAAACACCCUCGCCUCGCAACGCUACAGGGACACUGAAUGCUCCACAUUCCCAGACCCAAUACCCCCUCAAGCCCCAUCCCAGACACUCUACAGACAAUCCUCUCCCACAGACUCUGCCGCGCGUUCCUCCCCGACCCUCUUCGAGCCGGAACCCUCGAAACACUCCUCACAGCCGCCUCAAGCGGUUCCACAUCCUCCCUAUACCAGACCUGGUCGGUAGUCGCCAUCCAAGACCCAAAACACAAAGCAAGUGUCGCGAUACUAGCAGGGAAUCAAGACUUCAUCCGCCAAGCCCCCCUGUUCCUAGUCUUCUGCCCUAACCUGCGGCGUCUGCAUACCCUUUCCACGUACUAUGGACAACAACCUGCCAGAGCGUUAGAUAGCAUGGAUAUGUUCAUCAUGAGUACAGUUGACGCCACCAUUGCCGGGCAGAAUGUUGCUAUUGCCGCGCAGGGCCUGGGGCUAGGGAUAUGCUAUGUUGCCGCGAUCCGGAAUAAUGCGGCGGAGAUGUGUAAACUGUUGAAUCUGCCGCCGCUCACUUGGGACGUGUUUGGGAUGGCGGUUGGGUAUCCGGAUUUACGGGAUAGGAAGGCUGGGAGGAGGGUUAAGCCGCGGUUGCCGAUGAGGGAUAUUGUGUAUAUGGAACGGUGGGCGGAGGAGGGUGAGCAGAUGGAGAAUGUGCAUUCGUAUGAUCGUGCGCUUGGGGAGUUUUAUGUUGAGGAGGGUAAGAAUGGGCGGAUGGGAUGGGGGGAGUUUGUUGCUGCUAAGGUUGCGCCGUUUGAGCAGGAUGGGAGAGAGAGGAUUCGAGCGGUUAUUGAAGGACAGGGGUUUAAGCUGGAAUAGAGUAGAGUAUGCCAUCAAUGCGAUAUCUAAAGGACCUCCAGCAUGACAUAUUAGAUUAUUGGCGCCACAGGAUAACUCAAUGUUCAUCUAUACCAAACUCAGAGCAUUGCUGAUCGGCACAACAUACUGCUCCCAGUCAUUUGCUUCAGAGAUAGAAGGCCUCUUCGGUUCACUGGAAUUUGAUAAACUGAAGUCCCGC